AUGGUAGCCACCCGCAAGCUUCUCAGCCUCAGCGCUGUCACCGGCGCGGCCCUCGCGCAGCGAGUCGUGACCUCCAUCUCUACCGUUUUUGUGACCGAGACUGUGAACCGAUAUGUAACGGAAGUCAUCAAUGGCGGCCCCGCCACGACCGUCAUCCUGCAACCAGGCGGCCCUGCUGAGGUCGUGACCGUCACCGAGACCGCCUCCGGAGUCCCAGGCCCCACCCGUAUUGUAUACGUCACCACCACGGAGCAGGCGGCCCCCGUGACCGAGGAGGGACCAGAAGUCACCGUCACCAAGACCGUUGUCGCAGAAGGCGAAGAAUGUGACGGCGAGGCCGUCACGGUCACCGAGGUCGAAACCGAGGCCGUGACUGUAUCCAAGACGCAGUACGUCCGUACCACCGUGACCGGAGAGGGCGGCGGCCUUGUUUCCACCGAGUACGUUACCGUCACCGAGGCGGGUGGUCUCGUGUCCACCGAAACCGAGACCGAAUACAUUACCAGGACGGCCACCAUCACCAGCAUCAGCGAGAGGGUCCUCACUCGCACCACCACCCUAACUGCCGAAGCCGAGACCAUCACUGUCACGGCCGAGGGCGAGACCGUCACCGAGGAGGGAGAGGUCGUCGUCACUACCCGCGUCAGGACCGAGACCGUCGAAGCUCCCACGGUCACCGUGACCGAGGAGGGCGAGGCGGUGGUGACCACCCGCGUCCGAACCCAGACCGUCGAGGCUCCCGCCGUCACGGUUACCGAGGAAGGCGAGGCAGUAACCGUUACGGUUUCCGGAGAAGCCGACACCGUUACCGUAACCCGCGUCAGGACUGAAACUGUCGAAGCCCCCGCCGUUACCGUGACAGAGGAGGGUGAGGCGGCCACCGUCACCCAGGUCAGGACUGUGACCGCCGAAGCGGACGUCGAGACCGUGACUCAGGUCCGCACUGUCACCGCCGAAGCAGAUGUCGAGACCGUCACCCAAGUGCGUACCGUCACCGCCGAAGCCGAGGCCGAGACUGUCACGCAGGUGAGGACCGUUACGGAGGAAGCUGAGGCCGCGACCGUGACUCAGGUGCGCACCGUCACCGAGGCGGAAGAAGCUGCCACCAUUACCCAGGUCAGGACCGUGACUGAAGAGGCCGAGGGUGCCACCGUCACCGUCACCGUCAGCGCUGGCAACCCCAACCCCGGCGACGGCCGCGGCAUCACCUUUGAGGGCAACGCUCAAGCCACUCCAUGA